AUGGCUUUUCCCGCGCCGACGCAGACAACGUCAGAUCAGCGAGAGGUGGAGCUGAGUCUGCUGCGGUUUCUGCGCAAGUACCACCCGCAGGUGAACGCACUCUGGGGCACACACCCGGACGCCCAACACGAUAAUGUUAAUGUGGAGGAGAAGAUAAAGAGCGAGGAGGGAGUGAUGGAUGGCGAUAGUGGUGGGGCCCACCUGCACAGGGCGCUGCACGAGAGUUACGUGCACAGCCGCCUUUUGUGCUUGGCAGAGUCGACGCAAGGCCUCUACAGUGCGCAGCCGUGGCUCGCGUAUUGGACGCUGCAGGCCGCAGAUGUCCUCGACAUCACCGAUGAGCUGUACGAGUAUGUCUCGCCGGAUGCAUUGGGUGAAUUUCUCCUCGCGUGUCUGCAGGNAGAUGUCCUCGACAUCACCGAUGAGCUGUACGAGUAUGUCUCGCCGGAUGCAUUGGGUGAAUUUCUCCUCGCGUGUCUGCAGGAGGUGGACAAUGGCAGUAGUCAGAGGAAGAAGCAAAACAACGACAAUAGCCGAAAUAAUAACGGUAAUAGCCAUGACGAAGACAUGAGUAGUGCGAGUGAUGGGACAAAAAAAACGGUGACGUUGCAGCAGCGACCCUGCCCGUUGCCUGGCGCGGACGAGGACGACGGUGAGCGUGUGGUGGGCUUUGCGGGUGGGCGUUGCGCGCAGAUCCCGCACCUGGCGGCAUCGUACGCGGCGGUGUGUUCGCUCUGCAUUCUAGCGAGGCCAGCGUACCUCCGCGCCCUUCCACGUGCUGCCAUUAAGCGUUGGCUGUUGUCGCUGCGCUGCGACGAUGGAAGUUUCCGCAUGCAUGUUGGCGGUGAGGCCGACAUUCGCGCGUCGUACUGCGUGGCGGUGAUGGUGGUGCUGCUGCAGCUCGGUGACGUGACGGCCUACACAGAUGGACGCGACGAAACCGUCCUGACACCACAGACUGCGGCGUUUGUGGCGUCGUGCCAAACGCAUGAAGGCGGCUUUGCGUGUGGGCAAGGCGCAUCAGAGGCACACGGAGCGUACACNCAGUGUGGGCUGGCUGCACUGGUGCUUAUGCGGCACUCGCAUCUUUGCAACUACACCGCUCUACGGCGGUGGUUGGCAGUGCGUCAGCUCAAGUUUGAGGGAGGCUUUAAUGGGCGGACAAAUAAACUGGUUGACUCGUGCUACUCGCACUGGGUGGGGGCGAGUCACGUACUGCUGCGCGUGGGAGAAGUCUACGCGCAGCUUUUCACACAGGCAAACAGGCCGCGGUGCCUGACGGCGGUCGAGACCCUCCUGCUCGACCACGCACAGCUCAUCGAUGUGAGCAGCAUACGCCCAGCGGAUGAUGAGGUAUGGCAAAAGACGGAGGAGGUACAACAGCAGCGGACAGCACGCGUGGAGGCAUAUCUUAACUCCACCUCUUCCUCCUCAGCAGCAACAGCACCAAUGACAUCUAUGUCUCCGUCAUUUUUUGAUGUAGAGGUUGGGGACUUUUACUUCAAUCAGCGGCGCCUGCUGCUGUAUGUACUCUCCUGUUGCCAGGAUACGGAGAAGGGUGGGCUUAUGGACAAGCCGUUGUGCCCUAACGAUGCCUACCACACGUGCUACGCCCUCUCUGGCAUGAGUUCUGCACAGAACUUGCAGUACAUGCCGCACGGCCCUGUCGACGGUGAGUUCUUGUAUGCCACUGCACUUCGUCGCGGCUACAUUCCUGGUGAGCGGAACGGCUACGGUGUUGUGCUCGCGUGCAAGAGUGACACAGGCAACCACCAGAGCCAGGAGCGACUGCAGCCGGUGAAUCCCAUCUUCAACCUUCACCGCAGCCGCGUGCUGGCCACGUUGCGUGUGUGGGGAAUGAAGUCUUUCAUUUGCUAG